AUGGUGGACAGGCCGGAUGUCCCAAUUGAUGAUCUCUGGAAGUGCACAGGCGACGCAAGAAGAGAAAGCUCGAGGGGAGAGGUGGUAGAGGAUUGGAGGUUGGAGGAUGAUGAUGUGAGGCGGGAGCUUUUGUUUUUGCAGGAUGUUUGGCCACGGUGGACGCUUUGGCUGGUGGGGAGCUGCGGGCCUGAGCAAAUCAACACGCUCGAGCCCGCCGGGGUGUUUGCCAGAGGACCGCGUGCUUCGCCACAUCCGUCAUGGAUACUCAGCCACGAGUGGCACUGCGACGAAGGUGCAAUUGGUCGGGCAAAAUACAGCCCACCUCCGACCCAUUGGGGCUGGUGGGUUGCAAGGCUGCGGCGCAAGCUUCCCCGCCAGGCGCCCAAUUGA